UCAUAACGAGCAUCAUAACUCCACCAGGAUUUGUCUUACACGUUUAACUUCGCGUUAAAUAAUCAUUAUGCGUGGUGUGUUAGUUGCUGUUCUUGCUGCUGUCUUUGUUACAACCGUUUCUACUGACCAUUUAAACAAAAGAAGGUAUUGGAGGAGAAGGCCAGCCUUUAACCUUGAAAGUAUAAGUUGUGAUACAUUUAAAAGAGCGGACCUGUGCAACUGUUGUAAAGACCCUUGUGAGGAUGUUGAAUGUCUCAACAAUGGAGUAUGUGUCAAAGGUAUUUGUAAUUGUCCCUGUGGCUUCUCGGGAUCAGAUUGUGGUGUGGAUAUCUGUGCUGCUGAACCUUGCAAAAAUAACGGAACUUGUGUACCAGAGGCUGGUGAAGUUUCAUGCAAAUGUGCGGAUGGAUUUACGGGAGAAUUUUGCGAGGAGGAUCUGUGUGCCACUCAACCUUGUAAAAAUAAUGGAACUUGUGUACCAGAGGGUGGUGAGGUUUCAUGUCAAUGUGCGGAUGGAUUUACGGGAGAAUUGUGCGAGGAGGAUCUGUGUGCCGCUCAACCUUGUAAAAAUAAUGGAACGUGUGUACCAGAGGAUGGUGAGGUUUCAUGCCAAUGUGCGGAUGGAUUUACGGGAGAAUUGUGCGAGGAUAAUGCGUGUGAGCCGAAUCCAUGCCAGAAUUGUGGACGUUGUAUGCCUAUUCAAGGUGGGUUCAGUUGUGAUUGUUUGCGUCGCACCAGCGGAAGAACGUGUGAAGUUAUAGACAACAUUAUAACAUCACCUAACUACCCUGAUAAUUACCCAGACCAAAGCCCUUAUACUAUGCAAUGGGCUAUUCCGGGAUGUACUGUUAAACGGUUACGUAUUACAGUUGAUCAAAAUUUUGCAAUAGAAAGUUUCGAUAGAAAAUCUGGUACUUCACAAUGUGACGCACGCAGUUCUGAUUGUAACGAUUAUCUACAGCUCGAAAAUAUUUGGUUGUGUGGCAAUAGUAUUGCUGGGCCGGUUACAACAUCUGACGGGUUGACAUACGAUGUAAAGUUUGGUACAAACGGUAACGGUAUCGGGUGCACAGGUUUCAAUCUAACCUAUGCGUACAUUGAUUGAAUGCCUAAAGUACAGAAUGCUGAUAAAACAUUGUAUCCAUCAAUUUCAUUUUUUGUUUCUGCGAUUUAUUUUCCUUUUCUCCUUUCUAUAUUACCUAUUUUUAUUCUGAUUGGUUUAAUUUUAACUAAAUGUGCAAAUUAUUUAAUUGGGUUUGUUGAAUUGAACUUAUAUGUGUGUGUAUAUUAUAAGAUUUACUUUUAUUAAAUUUAACAUUAAUUGUUUAAUAUAUUUGUUUUAUUUCGGUGUAUGAUUAACUGUGUUUGUUAAAUUGACCUUAUAUGGUUGUGUAUUUUAUUAGCUUAUUCAAUUGAUCAAAGACGUAAGAAUUAUUUUCUUUGUUUGGAAGAAGAAAUCGAGAUUGGUUUAAUUUGAUGGAUAAUUUAUUAACCUCCGUUUAUUAAAAUUACCUUAAUUGAUAAAAGUGAUGUACAAUCUAAUGAUCCGGUCUAGAAGUCAAAAUACAAAGUAACGACAUCAACAAGAGUCGCCACGUGCAAAAACUCCCAUGUAAUACGAGGUGUACGUGAAAGCGUAUCCUACCGUGUGCAUACUGCUCUUGUGUAAAAUGAAAGACCGAGCAUGAUUUAAUUUAAAGUGUCGCCUAUAUAAAUUAUUGAAUAUGGUUUGCCGAAUUUAUCCUGUUUAUUUGAUAUAAAUGUGUACUUUUUUAUCGUGUCUUUUCUCCUGGGGUUUCUUGAAUAAAUUAUCUGAAUUGGU